AUGGCGGAGGCUCUGUAUCAUCUCGGCGACUCGUUGACGUGGACGCCGACGUCUGCGCCUCGAGGGCAGUUGGUGGUGCUCGAAGACUGCGUGGAGGCUGGCGGGGCCUUCCUGGUGCAUCACUUCACGUCGUUAUUUCUCAAAGCUGGCCAUCGCGUGUGUUUUGUUGCCAGCGCCAACACUCCUGAACAUUAUGCAGCCGGUGCGAAUUUUGCAGCUUCUCAGUCCAAAAAGCAGCUCCAAGUGCUGGAUUGGACCAGCAUGGAGACGGACAGUACCAAGGCAGAGUGGACGACGCUGUUCGAGUACUUGAGGAGCUUUAGCAAUGAAGAAAAUGGCGCCGUGUCGAUUGUAGUGGACGAUGUCAGUGCCCUCAAAUGGCGGCUUGGAGGCGCUGCGGUGCUCGACUUUGUGCGAUGCUGCAAGACUCUAACUCACCCGAAAAACGGAGCUACAAAUGUAGUGUUACUGACCCACGCCGACACGGAUGUUCCAGCAUCAAGACCAUUGAGUCUCGCACUUGCCGAUAUGGCGACUGUGGUCUUAGCGACGAAGCCUUUGAGUACAGGCUACUCCAAGGACAUCCACGGAACGCUGUCCGUCCACCGUCAGAGCCAAGGAUUCAGUGCUAGCGCAGUCGACGAAGACCCGACCGCGAUUCCGUACAAGAUUCUGGAAGGUACUAUCAAGUGUUUCCACUCCGGUGGAGAGGCGUUACGAUGGAGUUAA